AUGUGGAACUGGGUCCGCAAUCUUGCAAACCUGCAUGCGAGCAGCACGCAUCCGGACUCUCUUCAGAAAUUUUACGUCACCGAUCAAGUAUUUCGAUUCUUGGAGACGGACUUGCAAAAUGCAGAGCUGUACUGCUUCGUUGAAGCUGCGCUGACCAAAAACUCUGAUCAUAUCCGGCAAAAAUGCGAAGAGUUACAAAUAAGAUUAACUCGGGAUGAUGGAGAAGAAGCGGGGGACCACUCCAGUAUCGAUACUCUACCGCUGUACUUGAUGGAGACGCUGCGCAUUGAAUACAUCAACUGCAUCAACGGCAUUGCUUUUCAGAACGAGCAGAUAUCAAAUCUCAUGUCGCGGUUGCGAGAAGCUCGAGACAAGCUCCAAGUCCUCCAAGCUAAAAAAGCCAUUAUCAACGAGAUCGAAGGCCUUGGAAAUUAUCAUGAUCACCUGGAAACAAACGGUUCUUUGAUUGCAAUCCUCGAUGAAAUGAGAAGCGUCAGGAUCGACAUUGUGAACCUCAAGCUGGAUAUUGAAGACCGCCUGAAUAAGCGAAGGAUGAAAGAGAAGAGAAAGAUCACAUUGGCAGACCAGCUGCUAAAGCCGUUGAUCAAUGAUAUCCAGAUCUUGGCGCAGGUGCAAUCACAAUCAUUGAGACCUCACAACAUGGCAGACGUUGGAUUGUCCAGUGGGUCAACUGCAAGUAGCCAGCGGUAUGGUGAACAUGAAUCCAGCCUCUUGAAGAGGAGAAUUCGCAAGCCAUUGGCAGAGCAGAAUGGCUCUGAAAAGGAGGGACUAGAUGCAUAUGCCGAUGAUUAA